UGCGGACGCCCCCUGAUCGUCUACUGUCUGCUGUCCUUCGAGGAGGCGCCGUGGCUGACGAAGGUGGUGGUUGUGGCUGACGACGUGAGAAGGAUGGCGCAGGUGGUCAGGGAAGCCGGGUUGUCGAAGGUCGUGGUUGUGGAGGGCUGCCGCACCCGCCACCGCUCCAUCCGCGUCGGCCUGAGCGCCCUGGCCGACGACCCUCCGGAGGUGGUGGUGGUCCACGACGGCGUCCGGCCCCCUCGUGCCCUCGCGACCCUCAGGCAGGUCGUGGCGGCGGCGGCGGAGCGAGGGGCGGCGGGGGCGGUCCGACCUCUCGUGUCGACGGUGUUGCGACCCGCGCCCCCGGAGGAGCAGGGCGCCGCGGGGGUCGAGGUCCUGCGGGAGAGUCUGGUGAGGAGCGACUUCCGCAAUUCGGAGAUGCCGCAGGCGUUCCGCUUCGCCGUCAUCACGCGGGCCUACGGCAGCUGCAGCGACGAGGAACUAGACCACGGGACAGAGUGCCUGGCCCUGGCACUGAAGCACACGGGAGUGAGAGCCGCGCUGGUGCCCGGAACGCCCGACCUGUGGAAAGUAACGGAGGCGCGUGACCUUGUGGUGGCGCGGGCCGUCCUGCCACGCCACACGCGCCACCUCGCCCUCCUCUGCGGCGCCCCUCCACCCGACGACGCCCUGGGAUUCACGCCCACGGGAUCAGGGGGAACGGAACCCGAUGGUGAGGACGCCGGGAGGAGCUCAAGGGCCUCGGUGCCUUUCCUGACGUCCUUGGCCUCAGGGAGCGAGUCUGAAGGAGGCACCGACGACGUCUGGAGGCUCGAAUGCGGCGCGGAGUGUACGCGAGUGAUUGGACUCCUCGCCCCCCGCCUCCGCUCGCACGCCUUCAGCCUCCGGUGUUACCACAGCCUCCAGGAUCUCCAGCGCCUCUCCAGCGACGCCAGGGGAAGGGCCUCGGUCGCGGUGGUGGCGGUGACUUCCCUGCGAGGACGUCCCCGUAGUCUUCGCUCCCAUCUGGAGGAGCUGAAGCAAGGGCUGGGCGUCGGUACCUCGUGUCUGAUCCUCAUCCUAUCCCUGGAGGAGGACGAGGCGAAGACGGAGGGCUCGUCCGGGUCCUUCCAGCCGUCUCUGGACAUCCCCGCCCUGCAGGAGGACGUCAGACAGACAUUCCAGGGACACGGAGCAAGCGUCACUGUCCUUCUAACCGGUAAUAAGACUCAAGCUCCUUCAGGAAUUCAGAAGGAGACGAACGAAGGAAGGCAGAUGGAGAAGGAGAACCAGCUCCUUGACCUGAUGGAGGCGCUGCUGCAGCAACACUCCAGGGCUUUCCACGGCCAGGUUUUAGUCGUCUAGAACACAAUUUAAUCAUGACUGUCAUGAGUAUUAGUGCCAUUUUUUUCCCAAAGGUCUGAGUAGAUUUAAGUGUUUUGGAAUUCGGUCUUUCCUUAAUUUCCCACCGACUUAUUGUGGCCGAUGUUUCCUAUAUUUAGAACUAAAAAGUCGGUGACAUUGACAACUUAUUGGUGGUGUCCGCUGCUGAUUCCUCGGGAGGUUUUUCAGUGGCUUACUCUUUGCCUUGUAUUUUAACUUCAAAUUCUUCCUCAUUUCCCUUUUCUCUCAUUAUCACUUCUUCCUCCUCUUCUCUUGUCACUUCUGUUUCUUCCUCUUCUUUUCUCUCAUUAUCACCUCUUCCUCCUCUU